CAAAGCUUUCCUCCACUUCCUGCCACUCUCGUGCCGACCUUCGAUGGCAUCCACCACGACAAAGCUGCGACCUUUUGUUAGCAGCUUCACAACUCGCGCCACAAGAUGUAGCGCUCCGGCUAUCCUGCCUCAAUGGCAGCAGCAACAACAGAUACGGCAGACACGAGCCUACCAAUCCCACCCCAUCCCACAAGUCACCAACAGCGGCAUUCCAAACUUCGCAUUCGCCUUCGACAUUGACGGCGUUCUUCUCCGCGAAUCCGCUCCCCUGCCCGGCGCUGCAGCAGCUCUCUCGUACCUCCAAUCCGAAAAGAUCCCGUUCAUCCUCCUCACCAAUGGCGGCGGCCGCACCGAAGCUGCCCGCAUCGCAGACGUCGCAAAGAAGCUCGAUCUUGCAGGACUGGAUGAGAGUCUCAUUGUACAAUCGCACAGUCCCUUUCGCGAACUGAGCCAGCUUCACGACAAAACUGUCCUUGUCGUGGGUGGUGAGCGAGAUAAUUGCCAGCGUGUCGCGGAGACAUACGGGUUUAAACAUGCUGUGACGCCUGGGGAUUUGGUCGCAGCAUACCCGGAAAUAUGGCCUUUCAAUCGGCCGUUUCAAGAAUACUACAAAACUUUCGCGAGGCCGCUGCCUAUACCAUUGUACAGUCCUACGGGGAAUCCGGUGUUGGAUGAAGGCAAGAGUUUGAAGAUUGAUGCGGUGUUUGUGUAUAACGACCCGAGGGAUUGGGGACUAGAUGCAAGUGUCAUCCUGGAUUGUCUAUUGAGUGAGAAAGGAUUCUUGGGCACAGUUUCGGGGAAGAACGGAAAUGAGAAGUUGGCGAAUCGCGGAUACUUGCAGGAUGGUCAGCCGAAGGUGUGGUUUUCGAAUCCAGACCUUUGGUGGGCGGCUGGGUAUCAUCUUUCCAGACUGGGCCAAGGAGGAUUUCAAGCGGCCUUUAGAGGGUUGUGGGAUACUGUGACAGAUGGAGCGGAUCUGAGCGGGCAGACGGAGACGAUUGGCAAGCCGAAUCAGGGCACGUAUGAAUAUGCCGAGAGGCAGUUGUUAAGAGCGAGAAGGGGAUUAUUUGGGAGCAAGGUGAGUGGUUUGAGGGAUCCACUGAAGAGGGUGUAUAUGAUUGGCGACAAUCCGGAGAGUGAUAUUGCUGGGGCGAACAACUAUCGCAGUCCGUAUAGCAGUGAGUGGAGGAGUAUUUUGGUAAAGACGGGAGUCUGGAGGGAGGGAACGACGCCGACACACAAGCCGCACAUUGUGCAGAACAAUGUGUUGGAUGCGGUCAGAUGGGCUGUCGAGGAUGCGAAGGCAAAUGGUGCCACAGUAUAGCUAGAUGAGUGAGGACGUGUUCUAUAGGUUCAUGCUAGAUAUAGAGCUAGAGAUUACGGGCAUCACAAUGCUGAUACACUCGCCGGUCUCUUCAAUUCAAGCCGAGC